CUCGUUCCGAGCCUCACUUUCCAAAGACCUCGAUUGCUUGUCGAUUGCUACGAUGGCGCACCACCCGACGUACACAAUGGGCGGCCUGCUGGCGGCGGGCGGCGUCUUCGGCUACCUCAAGACCAAGAGCGUCCCGUCGCUGGUAGCGGGCGUGACGCUGGGCGCCGGCUUCGGUGUGGCGGGCUUCCUGCUGCAGAAGGGCGAGAUGACCAACGGCCACGGCGUGGCGCUGCUCAUGUCCUCCAUCACCAUGGGCGCUAUGGGCGUGCGCGCCGUGCGCACCAAGAAGCCGCUUCCGGUGUCAGUGGCGUCGCUCGGAGCGCUGUCCGCUGCCUACCACGCGCAGCGCUUUACCGAGUGGAUCGGCCAGGAGUAAACCGCGGACGCACAUGCCAGCCAAACCCCAGACACCUUCGCUAAUGAAGAUGUGAAUGAGAUUUUGUGUUUUGCUGUU